AUGUCUGAAAAUAAAGAAAAAAAAGGAGAAGAAAAUGUUCAAGCAGAUCGAAUGGGUACGAUGGCUUAUUCAUCAAAAGAUAAUGAAAGUAUGCAUAAAUCAUUAAAUGGUGAAUUUAUUCUUUAUCAAAUCUUACUUAAACAAAUCUUAGAUGGAAAAUUUUCAUUAAAUUUAAAUGAAAAAUCUUUAUACGAGCAUUUUCAACCAAGCGAUCCUAAAGAUAAAAGUAUAUAUAAAGAAUUUGAUAAAAAAUAUAAAGCAUCAAAAGCAAUAAAUUGGUAUACAAGAGAAUCUUGUGUUUAUAAAACAUUAAAUAAAGCUUUAAGAACACAAGAUAUAAAAAAUACUUCUCCUUUUGCUACAUUUAUUAAAGAUUUAAAUACACAACUAACAAAAGAACAUCAAAUAUUUAUUAAACAACAAAAAACUUCAACAAUUCAACUUUAUCGUGGACAAUUUCUUAGUAAAGAUGAACUUAAUCGUCUUAAAACUGCUCAUGGAGAAUUAAUAUCAAUGAAUUCAUUUUUAUCAACAAGUAAAAAUCGUAAAAAAGCUUUCGAAUUUGCCAAAAGUCGAACUCCACCAUCAGAUGAUUUAAUAUCAAUAUUAUUAGAAUUAAAUGUUAAUAUAAAUUCAAUUACAAAACCAUAUGCUGAUAUUGAACGUUAUAGUGAUUUUCAAGAUGAAGAAGAAAUUCUUUUUGUAUUUGGUUCAAUGUUUCGCAUGGAUAAUGUUCAAUUCGAUGAACAAAAUAAUCUUUGGAUAGUAACAUUAACAUUAUGUGCAAAUGAUGAUCCAGAUAUAAAACAAUUUUUAUCGAUUUUAGAAAAAGAAACUGAAGGACAAAAUAGUUUAGUUUCAAUGGGAAAUAAUCUUAUGGAAAUGAAUAAAUUUGAUGAUGCAUAUGCACAUUUAGAAAGAAUUUUGAAUAAUAAACUUCUAACUGAUCCAAUUGAUUGUGUUCAAUGUCAUUUAAUGGUUGGAAAAGUUGAAGAAAAAAGAGGAAAUUAUAAUGCAUCAAUCGAUCAAUUUAAUAAUGGUUUAGAUUAUUUAUUAAAAGAUUCUUCAUUAAAAGAUCAUCAACUUGUUUCUCAAUGUUAUAAUUCUUUGGGAUAUGUUUAUUGUAAAUUAAAAGAAUAUGAAAAAGCAUUUCAAUAUUUUGAAUUAGCAUUAAAUUCAAAGAAUAAUGAUUUAUCAUUAACUUAUUUAGGUUUAGCUAAAAUUCAUUUUAAAAUGACAAAUUAUCAUCUUUCAUUAGAAUAUUUACAAAAAAUUCUUCAUAGUAAACCAGAACCAUCACAUGCAAUUAUUACAGAAACUAAUAUUUAUAUUGGGAGUAUUUAUGCUGCUAUGAAUAAUAAUGAAGAAGCAACAAAAUAUUUUGAUAAAGUAAUUGAACUACAAAUUAGAAAACUUUCCAAAGAUCAUCCAGAUCUUGGUUAUACUUAUAAUGCAAUAGGUUUAAUGUCUUUAGAAAAUAAUGCGGAACAAAAAGCAUAUGAAUAUUUUUCAAAAGCUUAUCAAUUACAAUCACAAUCAUUACCAAACAAUCAUCCGGAUUUUGCAAAAACUUUUACAAAUUUUGGAAAUUAUUAUAUGAAACUAAAAGAUUUAGAUAACGCUUUAAUUUAUUAUGAAAAAGCAUUAGAAAAUCAAUUAAAAACAUUAUCAUGGAGACAUCCAUCAGUUGUUGAAAGUUAUCUUAUUCUUGGAAAUACUUAUUGGAAAAAAAGAAAUUUUGAUCAAGCAGCAAUUUAUUUUGAUAAAGUUCUUAAAAGUGAAUUAGCAAGAGAGAAAAUUAGUGAAUCAUCAUUAAGUUUAUCAUAUAAAACACUUGGAGAUCUUUAUUAUGAUAAAUCUAAUGUAUAUUUAGAUAAAAAAAUCUUAGAUGAAGCAUUAGAUUUUUAUUUAAAUGAUCUUAAAAUUGAAUUAAAAGUUAAAUUACAUGAAGAUUUAUCAUUAGUUGAUCUUUAUAAGAGAAUUGCUGAAAUUUUUUAUAAAAAACAUAAUUAUGGUCAAGCAAUACUUCAUUAUAAUCGUUUACUUGAUUGUUAUUAUAAAAAUUUACCAAUAAAUCAAAUAAAGAUUGAUGAAAUAUAUGAAAUUAUUGGAAAAAUUUAUUUAAAAAGACAUCAUUUUAAUGAAACAUUAUUAUAUUAUCAAAAUCAAUCGGGUGAAAAUGAAAAUAAACAUAAACAUAUUGAUGAUAUUUAUUUUGAAAAACGUUAUUUAGAUCAAUCUUUAAAUUAUUUUCAAGAUAAAUUAUUAAAAUAUCGAAAAAAUUCUUCCCAAAUAAAUAAUAUUUAUUAUAUUUUGGGAAAUAUUUCUUAUGAUAAACAAAAUUAUGAUCAAUCAUUAAAAUAUUUUUUUAAAUUAUUCAAUAAAAAUUUAAAAAAACAAAAUUUUAAUGAUUUAGCAUUAAAAUAUAUCUAUGAAGCAAUUGCUAUGAAUUAUUUUCAUAAACAAAAUUAUAAUCAAUCAUUAACUUAUUUUUAUAGAUUAAUUGAAUGUCUUUUAAUGAAUAAUACAAAAAAUUAUUCUUUCAUUGAUAAGAUUUAUAAUUUAAUUGGAAAAAUUUAUUUAGAUAAAGAUUAUACAAUUAAAUAUUUAUCAAAUAAAAAACAAAAUCAAACAGUUGAUCAUUUACCUAUAAAUAAUUCUCAAUUUGAGAAAUAUUAUUUGGAACAAACAUUAAUGCAUUUUCAAAAUUUACUUAAAAAUAAUAAGAAGAAAAAUGAUUCAUUAGACGAUAUUUAUAGAAUUAUUGCAAAUAUUUAUUUAAAAAAACGCGAUUUUAAUCAAUCAUUAAAUUAUUUUCAUCAAUCAAUAAAUUAUCAACCGGAACAAAGUUUAUCAUUAGCUCAAACAUAUAUUCUUAUUGGAGAAAUUUAUAGAAAGCAACAUCUUUCAAAUUAUGCAUUACAAUCUUAUCAAGACUCAUUGAAUAUUCUUCAAUCUAUUAAACCACGAGAUCAAUCUUUAAUUGACAAUAUUCAAAAGAAAAUACGUAAAAUAAAUUCUUAUUCUAUAUGA